AUGGUCAAGGUGUUCCUGGGUAAUCUGCCGUUUGGAGACGACAAUGUGCUGGAAGCGGACAUCCGCGCUCAGUUCCAAAAGUAUGGCGACAUCGCGGAGGUGAUUCUCAAGAAAGGUUUUGCGUUCUUGAGCUAUUUGGAUGAACGCGACGCGGAAGAUGCUGUGCGCGAAAUGGACAACUCGGACUUUGGUGGUCGAAAGAUUCGUGUGUCUUUUGCCCACACAGAGGACAGCAAACGCAGUGGUCCACAGAAUGGUGGAAGCAUGGAUCGCGCGCAUGAUCGUGCCCCUCCCAAAGAAGGAUGCACGAGUUUGUUUGUGGGCAACAUCCCCCCGGACACGACCAUUGAACGCGUGAAAACCUUUUUCGAACAAUUUGGACGAGUGGUCAACGUGAAAGUUCUGCCCCAAAAGACCAACAACCCCAAUAUUUCCGCCUUCAUCGACUUUGAACAGUAUGGUGCUGCCGCCCGUGCUCACGAAGCGGACUUGAAAUACGAAGGCAAAUUUCUCCGCACCGACUUCAGCUCGAAUCGGAGGUAG